AACAUCAAUAUGGAGCAGAGUCCUGAUCUCAAAUUAGGGGAUGAGCACAAAGAUGAACAUAAGGAAGAUGAGACGGAACAACAACAGCAGAAAUUUUGGGAUACAUGCAAAGAAGUACCAAUCAUCCAAGAUGAUCAAAUUCCCAGAAACCGAACGCACUGUCUGAAAUGGUUCGCAUGUACUGUUAUUGGCUUGAUUGUCUUCAUCCUUGCGCUUCUCAGUAAAACAUCAUUUCUGCUUUUGAUAACAUUUGGAAACAAUCAAACGAACAUUAUUCCUUCAGACCAAAAACCAACUGCUCUACUUGCCAUUGGGUUUGUUCUGGUCUGCCCAAGUUUUCUACUGCUUCUAAAAGGCACAUGGAAGUUCACUUUCAAGAACUCAACCAUGCCAUCUAAAAAAACAUUUUUAUGGGUCCUUUGUGUUGAAAUCCUGGUAGCACUGGGAGCUGCAGUUCUUACAAUAGUAGCCAUGCCACACUUUGACAUUGUCACUAAUGUGAUGAUCCUAAACAGCGUGAGCAUCCUAUCUGCAGUUUUCCAGGUGAUUGCUAACUGCCAGGGCAAAGAGAGUAAGCGUUUUAUAUUGCUCCCGCUUUUAUCCAUUGUCUUUAUAGUGCUGGGAUAUGUUAUGUUUGUAGUCAACUUUCUGGUAUUCGAAAGUUCUCUCCUUUUACCAAUUGGACUUGCCAUCUUUGGGACCAUCUGUGUUUCUGUGAACUGGUGGGAAAACUACAGCACACUUUUCACCAUCCUGUCCCUAAAUGAGAUUCCGAAAGACAUAGCGAAGUCCAGUAAUGCGGUGAACAUCAUCUCCAGUUUGACAAGAAUCUUGAUUACUUCAGCUGUGAUUGGAGCUUAUGUCGCUCUAACAGGUGAAGGCUGGAAUUCAGUCAAAAUCGUCUUCGAAACGGUUGUCAUUGCAUUGGUUGUCAUCCAGACUCUAUCCUCAGCCUUGUGUCGCUGGUUUGUGGUUGUGGCUUGUAAGAUGCAUGCUUUGCGCCGAAGUUUCGUUAUGCCCAUGUACUUGGCAUCAAUCGUAGUUUUGGCAGUGUUUUUGUCUCCACUUGUAAUCAAGUUCCCAGUGUCUAAUCACACUUUAAGCUACCUAGAGGAUACUCCAGUGCCACAAUCCAGUGCAGAAUGGGUGAAGUUGUUGCUGAUCGAUACUAUACAAACAUUACUCAACAGGGACAUUGUGGUAAACAUGAAAAUAGUAGGACUGGUCUGUUUGGGCUGUUCUGCUCUCUGCUGGUGGCUGGGACUUGUGCUCAGCACAGUUUACAUCUGGUUCCUGAAGAUCCAUCGAAUUGAAAGGACCAAAGAUCUGUUUGUGCAACGCAUGUAUGAAGGAGCGUUUCUGGAGCAGUCUUUGAUGCUGAACACCCGUUUUGAAAUCAGAAAGAAAAUCAAGGAGAAAAAGCAUGACAAAGAAACCAUCCGGGUGUUUCUCUGUGCGACAAUGUGGCAUGAAACCUACGAUGAAAUGAUGAAGAUAAUCAUCUCUAUGUUCAGGAUGGAUAAAUAUAGGCCCAAAACCGAACAAAAAAGCGAUGUUGAGUUUGAAUUUCACAUUUAUGUUGAUGAUGCGUUCAAGGAUGUCAAAGAGGAGCGGCAUACGAAUGAAUAUGUUGAAAUUCUUGUGGACGUAAUUAAAGAAGUUUACCUCAUUUUUAGUGAAGAGGAUACAAGUGUGUUCAAGAAGCAGCAACCACUACCAAGCCAGAAGAUCAUAAGCACUCCUUUUGGAGGUCGGCUGGAAUACACCCUUCCUAAAGGCAAUGUAAUGAUUGUUAACCUCAAAGACAAGAAACUUAUCCGUCACAAAAAAAGAUGGUCUCAGAUAAUGUACUUGUAUUACAUUCUUGGCUGGAGACUUCACAAACAGUACUAUGAAAAGUUUGAGGCAGGUGAAGAUCUUGAAUACUUUAAAGAGGCAGGUGAACAAACAGAAUCGCUUAAAGAGAAACUGAAGAGAGAAAGAGAGAACACAUAUAUCCUGGCUCUGGAUGGUGAUACCGAUUUCCAGCCCUCUGCAGUCAUGCUGUUAAUUGACAGACUUAAACUCUACCCAGACGUUGGAGCAGCCUGUGGCAGGAUUCAUCCAACAGGCACAGGACCGAUGGUGUGGUAUCAGAAGUUUGAAUAUGCUGUAGGCCACUGGCUGCAAAAGACUGCAGAGCAUGUUCUCGGUUGUGUGCUGUGCAGUCCAGGAUGUUUUAGUCUUUUCAGAGGAGCUGCACUCAUGGAUGACAACGUCAUGAAGAGAUACACAACCAGAGCCAGUGAAGCCAGCCACUACGUCCAGUAUGAUCAAGGUGAGGACCGCUGGUUGUGCACUCUGCUGCUGCAGCAGGGCUGGAGGGUGGAGUACAAUGCGGCAUCUGAUGCCUACACCAACGCUCCACAGGAUUUUAAAGAGUUCUACAACCAACGCAGGCGCUGGGGACCUUCUACCAUGGCCAACACGAUUGACCUCCUGGGUUCAGGACAACUGACUGCUGAGAGGAACAGCUCUAUCUCAAAACUCUAUAUAUUGUACCAAGUUUUGAGCAUGGCAGCUUCAAUCUUGGGGCCUGCUACUGUCUGCCUCAUGAUAUCAGGAGGCUUCGUGUUUGUCUUCAAAAUGAGUGAAAACGAUGCCCUUGUUUUGGCGAUAGUGCCCCCUGCUAUCUACCUCAUCCUGUGCUUCAAACUGAAAUCUGAUACACAGAUUACAAUUGCAGCAAUCAUGAGCAUUAUGUAUGCAUUUCUCAUGGCAGGAUCAAUUCUCUCCAUCAUUGGUGAUUUAGUGCUGCAAGAUACUUUUCUGACCCCUAGUGGUCUGUUUCUCAUCGGCAUGGUUGUGUUGUACCUCAUCACGGCAGGUUUGCACCCUAAGGAGUUUUCACUGGUCAUCUAUGGAUUGGUAUACUUCAUCUGCAUUCCCAGUGGCUAUCUGCUCUUAGCCAUUUACUCCAUUGUCAACAUGAACAAUGUCUCGUGGGGGACUCGUGAGUCCGGAGUCCAGGUGAAGACUUCUGCAGUAAACAGUCUCAAGAAGAAGUUUAUGAACGCCACAUGCUGCAAAUGCCCAUGCUUGGAAUCUGAAGAAGAAACGAGGACGGAGUUAUCAAAACUCGAAGACAAAAUUGAAGUGGAAAAUACCUCGGAAAAACAAAGUGAAAACAACCAAAUCAUUUGUCAAAAUCGAAAACCUUGGAUUCACCAUUUGCAGCCAAAAUUUGGUUUUUCCUUGAGGAGUGAAUCCGCAUGUGAACUUGCUAUGGAAGAAUUCAAUUUCUGGAAGGAAAUGCAGAAAAAAUAUCUACAUCCUCUUGAGGAGAAACCAGAACAACUGGCAAUAAUCGCUAAUGAUCUGAGAGAACUUCGAAAUAAGGUUACAUUUAUCUAUUUCUUCUGCAAUGCACUUUGGCUAGUGGCAACUUUUUUCCUUCAAGCUAUUGGUGGUGCAGUCACUAUAAAGAUCCCAAAAAUCUACCCCAAUGGGACUCGAUCUCCAACAGAAAUGUUGUCCCUUGAUCCAAUUGCACUGAUGUUUCUCCUUGGUUUUGCAGCACUGCUUAUAAUACAGUUUAUUGCAAUGCUUUACCACAGAAUUUACACUUUUAUCCAUUUUGUGGCAUAUGCUGAUACGGAAAUUAAAGCCCACAGAAAGCAGUCACAACAGGUUGUAAAGUUCAUGGACCAUCAUGAGACUUUUGAAGGUGACACACCAAUUUCACCAAAACGCAAAUCUUUUAUAUCCGAUGGAUUUUUUCCCUGACACUUAUGUUGCGCAAUAAUAAUUGUAUGAAUAUUUAUUUAAUUUAUAAACCUAAAUGUGUUGUGUGUUGUACAGUAAAAUAUUAUGUCAGUCAAGUCAUUGUAUAUUUACUGAAUUAAUUACAUGAUAUGCCUGUUUAUUGUCUAGUUAAGAUGUUGUUUUACUGUUAAAUUAUUGAA